CUGAUCUGGAAUAACAAGCAGCCAGCCGGUGACGCGUAACCCUUCUACUGCGCCUCAAACUCAUCUAGACUCGUCCAGGAAACUUCUGGAAAACUUUCGCGCGAAGAAGCUAAAGAACCAUGGACUCCGAUACGAGCCGAGUGUCCAGUCGACCAUCCUCUCCCGAGACAGAAGACAUCUUCCUACACAUGAAGAAGUCGGUCGUCGGCUUCUCCGGAGCAGUGUCAUCCACACAGAGCGACUCUCCGCCCGACCUCUGCGGGGAACUCCGACAAGCCAUGACCAGAGAGGAAGAAGACGCAAUCUUGCUGAAGAUGCAGUACAAGAAAGACCGCAAACUCCUCUCCGAGAACGAGCUGCAGGCCAUGCGCCUGAAGAUCAACAGCCGCGAGCGGAAGCGCAUGCACGACCUCAACAUCGCCAUGGACGGGCUGCGCGAGGUGAUGCCCUAUGCCCACGGACCCUCCGUGCGUAAACUCUCCAAGAUCGCCACGCUGCUCCUCGCGCGAAACUACAUCCUCAUGCUGAGCAACUCCCUGGAAGAGAUGAAGCGGCUCGUGAGUGAGAUAUACGGCGGAGGGGCGACCGGUGCGCACCACCCAAGCUUCCAUCCCUCCGCGUGUGGCACCCUGACACACACCGCGGGGCCCUUGCCUACGCACCCUGCGGUCUCCCACGCCUCUCACCCGGCGGUCCACCAUCCUCUCCUCCCACCUGCCGUGUCCACGUCACUCUCCGCGCCGGGCAUCUCGGCGGUGACCUCGGUCAGACCCCACCACGGACUUCUGAAGGCGCCAACGGCUACCACGGCCGGCCACCUCGGUUCAGUGCCCGCUUUCCAGCACUGGGGCGCGGGGAUGCCCUGUCCGUGCAGCAUGUGCCAGGUGCCCCCUCCACACGUGUCCAGUAUGACCACCACGAGUAUGGCGCGGCUCGCGUCCGAGUCUAAAUAA